AUGCCAAAGACCCCAGAGCUCAAAAGAUUGACUGUGUAUGAUAUCCAGAGGAUCUUAUGCUGGGCAUUUAAUCUGGCCAAGAGACCUUCAUUUCUCCCCUUAAAGGCAAGCGAUCGCCCAAGCACAAUAAAUAUCAUUAAACUAGAAGAGACUCCAGAAAGCAUCUCAAAGCUUUUGUCAAAACUCAAGAUAGAGCAUAUUGCACUUGUGAACGAGCGGUUGCCAUUGAAUAGCAUUGUAGAAUGUAUUCAAAGAGAUGGAGGAUACGAUAGUAUUGUCCCAUCUCUUGAAUAUGUAAGAAUGGAGAAUCUAAAGUUCAUUCCUAUGGUAAGAUUUGAAGACAUAUGUUCCUCAGGAAUAUUCGUCGAUGAUAAGAGAUCCUUGCUGGAAAUCGAUCCAAGUAAAUAUAGAAGGGCUCGUAUACCUAGCUCCUAUGAUAUAAUCGCACUGGAUAUAGAAAAGGUCAAAACACAGAGGGGAAAGGAUCCAGGAAGAAUAACAAUGGUUGAUUCUAAUGGAAACGCUGUCUACGACAAAAUAAUCAAGCCAAAAGAACCUAUACUAGAUUAUCUAACCAGAUACAGUGGUUUGACAAAAGAGAUAAUCGAUAAGGGAAUUGAUGUUGAAGUUGUCCGAAACGAAAUUUUCGACUUUAUUGGUACAAACACUGUGAUUGUAGGGCAUGGGAUUGAAAACGACUUGAGUUCCCUAGAGUUGUAUCACAACAAAAUAAUAGAUACGGCACAUCUGUUCCUGAAUCCAUCUGGAAGAAAGAUAUCUCUUGCACAACUAGCAAAAAUAUAUCUUUCCAAGGACAUCCACGCAGAAACACAUGACUCAAGGAUAGAUGCAACCACUUGUCUUGAACUUCUUUCGAUGAAAGUACAAUACAUGCUCAGGAUAACAGAUCCAGAAAGUCCAAAACUAAAACUACAGGCAAAAACAAAAAGAAGAUGCAUUCUCGACAUCUUAAAGCAUAACAGAGGAUAUCUUAACAUAACAGCUUGUAGCUACCGGGACUUGGCCAAAUCCUUGAGAUCCUACAAGAAGACCAAAGAAUGUCUCUGGAUGUUAAUCUACGAGAUUGAUAAUAAUGUCUACCUAAGCUUCUAA